GUAAAUCGACCAAGUAUUCAUUGGAUACAUUUUCUAAAUCACCGAUUUAUCUGGAACCGAACAGUUCUUACCCAUAACCGACCCGAAUACCCGAAAUCCCAGCCCUACGGCUUUCUCUUUAAGGUCGGACUGAUGGACCUCACUUUUUAUGCGAGCCCGGUUGAAGUUGAAUGCUAAUGGGCUUGGGCUUUCGGCCUAUUUUAUCUUUUUUUUUGUCAACAUUCUCUUUUUAUUAGAGAACCCAAAGGACAUAUUACAUGAGAAGUUCAUAAAGCUCAAUUAUAAAAGUACAGACUCAAAGCAUUAAAACACAAAACAGUCCGACCCAUUUUUAGCCCAUCGGAUCCUCUUGAGUCGUUCUGUCUCACUCAAAUCCACGCGUCUUCUACGAAGAAAAGUCCUGCCACGCGUCUUCAUCUCGAUAUGCAUGAAACAACACCUCGAUCUGAGAUGACACGUAUCAAAGACGCGCCGCCGCUGGAGUGAGAGGCUUUCUGAAACAGCUCUGCCGGUAAAGCGUCGCGGCCGAGCACAGUUAUGAACUCCUUCAUCUCCAUCCUUCACCUAACCGCCGCUUAAGCAGGAACCUCCAUCUAUCAUCGGAAAAUAGAUCUGGGAGAGACUCAGAUGACCUAAUAUAGGAUCUCUACCGGACCAUCUUAAAGAUGCCGAUUCAUCUAAAUCCACACUAGUAUCAUCCAAGGUGAAUCCAACAUCACUGCUUCCUAUCUAUCAAGGAGACUCCGCUUUAGAGCCAACUUUAAGGCUUCAAUCUAAUUAAGCAGAGAUUGAUUCCUUUAAAAAAAGAGCAAGUGCAAACCGAGAGAAAGGAGAAGACCCUUUUUAAGCCAAACGGGAUCAUAAUUAGCUGCGAAGGAAGGAUUCUAUAUAUUACAACUCAAUCUUCAUCGGAGAACAAAAAAUCAGCCAUGAAGCUUUAUUCCGGUCUGAUUGAAACAUCACGACAAAAGAUUGCCACCGCGAAGGGAAGGGUUCGCUACCGCGAAGAGAAGGAUUCGUCAAGCGAAAUAUAUACAUCACAAAACAAAAGAGAAAAAGUGGUAACCGGCGGCAAAGGCCAUCGGCCACCGAACGAUGAUUAUUAUAAAAAAAAUUUCUAGUGAAAAGAUGAAAAAUUUAGAGAGAGAGUGUAAGUGGUUAUCACUAGCUUUUCGGCCUAUUUUAUCUUUAGCUACUUUUUGGUCCAACACCUACUACCUAACUAUUUAUAUUUGUUUUAUCGAAUAAAUAUUUGUUUAAUAGGUUGAUUUGAAUUUGAGUAUUUUUCUCCAAGCGUGGUAAAAAUAAAAAGAUGCCCCCGGCAGAAUCGUCAAAUUUGACAUUUUCAGUGAGAAAACUAUUUUCUAAUGAGCCGAUUUGAAUUUGAGUGUUCCAAACCAACCCCCAACAUAAUAAAAACCAAAUCUCCAAAUUUUGUAGUUAGAAAUAACUUUUGGGGAUUUGCGUGAACUAGCAUAACAGACCGAUGCAGAAAAGUCAAAUUUGCUUUCUGGGGAUUUGCCUGAACUAGCAGACCUAUGCAGAAAAGUCAAAUUUAACAUCUAGUCAAUCUCAAAAAUCGUUGGGUGAGAAAACCAUUAUUGGGGGUAAAUUUUAUUCUUGGAGCAGUUUCCCUUCAUUCAACCUCCCAAAAAAAAAAAAAUUAUUGACAACGCACGGGGACAAGAAGAGGUCAACAAAUCUGCCUCGAAGAUUUGAGAAAAAGGUCCAUAUAAUGAGACAGCGACGAUAUACCGCUGACGAGAACGCCCCUUCUUCUACAGGUGAAGAGAUGCUGCAGCCACGGGCAUGGAAGCUGCGUUUUGUAAACUCGCCACCACCGAUGAUAUUUACGUUUUCCAGGAUCAAGGCAGAGGACGGUUCUCCAAUAGCAAUCGAGCUCCUCGAUGCCGCCACAAACGCUCGAGUCACCUCCGACUUGCGGCUCGAGAUCGUAGUGCUGAACGCUGAUAUCCCCGAGGAAAGCUUCACCACCGAGGAGUUUAACAGGAAUAUUCUCCGACCACGGGAAGGGAAACCACCAUUGCUCGCCGGAGACCUGACCGUGACGCUUGAAGACGGGAUCGGAGUAGUCAGCGGCGACGUCACUUUCACAGAAAAUUCAAGAUUCCGAUUAGGUGCUAAAGUUACACAACAAGGAGGAGUUGUGGAGGCCAUAAGUAGAGCGUUCGUGUGCAGAGAUCGUCCAGGAGGAGAGUCUUAUUCUGAUUCUAAGGUACACGACAUGACCAAACACGGAGUUAAAGAAUCAUCUUCACCGGGCGGCGGCAAUCAACAGCAGAAGCAGAGACGCCAGCUUCAGAUCCGUGGUCAUCGUCCUUCACCUCUCAGCAUUCACAAAGACUCCCACAUGAUCAAGAAACCUCCCACGUUAACUCAGCGAGAGCCGGUGGUUGUCUCGCCCAAGGUCGUACACACCACCUUGAGUGAUUUCAGGAGCGUCGUCCACCGACUCACCGGGGUUAACAACUCUGUUUCCCAACUACAAUUUUCUGCAUCAUCCGCCUCUACUGAUUAUGAAGUCAUAGUCAUCUACAGGAGAGGUGACAUCACCAAUGAUGCUUUUGUUAAGGUCGUCCAGCGACUCACCGGGAUUCCUAACUCUGUCUCUGUGCCUCUUAACUCAUACGUUGAAAUUGAAAAAGGGUCCUCAAAGAAUCUACAAGACACUGAACUAAGCACAUCCGCCAUUAGGGAAUAUGAUGUCGUAAUCAGAUACGUGAGAGGUUGCAUAAGCAACGGUGAUUUCAUCACCCAUCUUCGUGCUGCCCUCUGCCGGAGAGGGGUUUCUGUCCGAGAAGACAUCGAUGAAGUAGACACAGUUCCAGAAUGUAGGGUUUUGAUAAUAUUCUUAAGCAGCACAUACGUCCCUUCCAACCUGGUAAACAUUGUUGAACAACAACGUAAAAAGCCUCGAGUGGUUUACCCGAUUUUUUAUGGAAUUUCACCAUCUGAUUUGAUCAGUAACAGCAAUUAUGGGAGACCUUCUCACCAAGACGAGGCAAAAAGGUGGCAGGCUGCUUUGGAGGAAAUAACUCAGAUGCAUGGCUACAUAUUGACAGAUAAGUCCGAGUCUGACUUUAUAGACGAGAUUGUCAAUGAUGCUUUGGAGGUGCUACGUUCCAACUAUAAGAAGAAUAUUAUUGGGAUGGAUACGCAGAUAAAGGAGAUCUUGUCACUGCUAUGCAUUGAGUCUCAAAAUGUUCGCCGCAUAGGUAUAUGGGGUGCGGUUGGUAUAGGAAAAACAGCCAUUGCUGAAGAAAUUUUCCAUAGAAUCUCUGUCCAAUAUGAGACUUGUGUCUUCCUCAAGGAUCUCAACAAAGAAGUCGAGCUAAAAGGGUACGAUGCUGUGAGGGAGGAACUAUUGUCUAAACUUUUAGAGGUAGAACCAGAUGUCAUACGUACUUCAAACAUUAAAAUGAGUUUCUUGAGGAGCAGGCUUCAGCGUAAAAGUGCCCUCGUAGUUCUCGACGAUGUGAAUGAUUUCAGGGAUGUUGAAACCUUCGCAGAGAUGCUUAGCUAUUUUGGUCCAAGAAGCAGAAUAAUCAUAACGUCUAGGAACAGACAUGUUUUUGUACUAUGCAAAACCGAUCAUGUCUAUGAGGUCAAGCCAUUAGAAUUUCCUAACUCUCUACAUCUUCUGAACCCCGGAAUAUUUCAGAGUGGUCUGUCACCCGAGCUUUACAAGACAUUGUCACUUGAGUUGGUCAAAUUCUCAAAUGGAAAUCCUCAGGUUCUUCAGUUCUUAAGCAGAUCCAGCAGAGAAUGGAAAAGUUUAUCCAAAGAAAUUCAAAAAUCUUCAGCCAUUUACAUUCCAGGUAUAUUCGAAAGAAGCUGUUGUGGGCUUGAUGAAAACGAAAAGUGUAUAUUUUUAGACAUUGCAUGUUUCUUUAGAAAGAUGGAUAAAGACGACGUUGCAAUGUUGCUUGAUGGAUGUGGUUUCUCUGCACAUAUUGGGUUUAAAAACCUUGUUGACAAAUCACUGUUAACCAUAUCACACAAUACGGUGGACAUGCUCUGGUUCCUCCAGGCAACAGGCCGAGAAAUUGUUCGCCAAGAAUCUAUUGACAGGCCAGGAGACUGCAGCAGGUUGUGGAAUUCUGAAGAUAUUAGAGACGUAUUCCUAGACAACACUGGCACGUCAGAUAUUGAAGGGCUUUUCCUGGACAUGUCGCAGCUGAAAUUCGAUGCAAGUCCCAAUGUAUUCGACAAAAUGUGUAAUCUUAGACUGUUAAAGUUUUAUUUCUCCGAGUUGAUAGAGAACCAUGGAAUGUCUUUACCUCAAGGUCUUGAAUACUUGCCGACCAAGCUAAGGCUUCUGCACUGGGAACACUAUCCUAUAAGCUCAUUGCCGCAAUGUUUUGAUCCGAAGAACCUCAUAGAGCUUAACAUGCCAAGUAGUUGUGUGAAGAAACUUUGGAAAGGCAAAAAGAGUCUGGAAAACCUUAAAAAGAUGAGACUGAGCUACUCCUACCAGUUAACAAAGCUUCCAAGACUUACAAGUGCGCAAAACCUCGAGCUUCUUGAUCUUGAAGGUUGCAAGAGUUUGGUGAGCAUUAGCCACUCUAUCUGUUAUCUUAAAAAGCUUGUUUCUCUGAAUCUGAAGGACUGCUCGAAUCUGGAGAGUGUACCAUCUACAAGUGAUUUAGAGUCUCUUGAGGUUUUGAAUCUUUCUGGCUGCUCGAAGCUAGAGAAUUUUCCGGAGAUCUCACCAAAUGUGAAAGAACUGUACUUGGGUGGGACUAUGAUACGAGAAAUACCAUCAUCGAUCAAGAACUUGAUACUUCUUGAAAAACUUGACCUGGAAAACAGCAGACGCCUCGUGAUUCUUCCAAUGAGCAUAUGCAAGUUAAAGCAUCUCGAAACGCUGAAUCUGUCAGGCUGCUCAAGCCUUGAGUAUUUUCCAGACUUCUCUAGAAAGAUGAAAUGCUUAAAGUCUUUGGAUUUGAGCAGGACGGCCAUUAGAGAGCUACCCUCCUCCAUUUCAUAUCUGACUGCUCUUGAAGAAGUAAGAUUUGUGGGAUGCAAGAGCCUCGUAAGAUUGCCUGACAACGCCUGGAGCCUAAGAUUCAAGGUUGAAUUCCGUCAGAUUGAUACAGAGAAGUUUUCGAAACUGUGGAAUAGAUUAGGUUGGCUCAAAAAAGUUCACAUCUCUUAGGUCCUUCUUCUAUACUCCUUGUAAUUGACACAACAAAGAUUGUUGCUGUUGUCUACAAUGUGAAAUAUAUGAGAAGAACUAAGGGCUGAAUCCGCCUAAGUCUGAUUCUAUAUCUGAAUGUAGAGAGUGAUAUUUCAUUAUGUGAAUAUCUGGUAAAUGUUUGUUAUGUUACUCGUGUACUUAGCUUCAUAUAUAAUUUCAUGAUAUAGUUCGAAUUUGAUGCUGCUGUGGACUUGUUUCUUGAAUAUUUUUAUAGGAUUUAAUGAUCAUAACUAACAAGGUAUAAAGUUUUUUUUUCCGAAAAAUUAAUCUUAAAAUACUGAAAUAUAGAUGAGUUAAUUUGGGAUCUAUAAUGGGGAAGUCAUAGAUACCGCUGUUCUGUGGCGGCUCGAUCCAGGCAGCAUAAUGCAGCAUCUCGUUGGUGUUUGAAGAUUCAACUCAAUAGCCGUCAUGUCUCUUACAAAAACUCUUUCUAUUUAACGAGUAUUUGACCGGACGAUCCGGGUUUAUAUGAGAAUCCCACACAUACACAAUGUCACUCAUAUCUCUUGGGAGCUCAUAUGUCAUAAUGCUUGAUUCAUUACUGAUAAAGCUGGACAAACCAUCACAUAAUGUCACUCAACCUCAACCGGUUAAGUCUAAACAUGAUUAGUCUCAUCUGCUCUCUACUAGAGACCGAAUCUACUAGAUAUAUGUUCCCUUGGUAUUCGGCUAUAUCAUGCCAUGUCUUACAAACAGCAGAAGCACGAAUGUUGUCUUUC